CCCCACCGUCGGAGCCGGUAUGAGACCAAGCGAAACUAAACUAACGACAAGUCAAAUCACAAUUAUCGCUUCAUUAACUAUAUUUUCUCCUCCUCGAUUUUCUCGACUUACAGACAUAGCCCCGCAUCAUCCGACCAAACCCAACCCCGUUACUUGUCAGUCAUUUCCUUUGCUUUCUUUCUUGCUUCGACGCUCAUCUUUCAAUCACGUGAAUUUUAGAUUAGGGGUAUGCUGAAGUCUUCAGAAUUGCUUGAUUGUACUAUUGUUCAACUUUAAUGCCAACAUCAUGAUGAAAUCCAUGUUUGAGUGUGGAAGCCAAGGUGCUAAUGUUGAAGAAGGAGAAAUUCAUUGGAAUAGUGGUCAGCUACUACUGCAAGACAUUCAAGAAAUAAGCAAAGCCCUUUACUUGAACAAUACCCCUUCUAGGCCUUCCUAUUCCUCGGUCCAUAAUCGAUCCAAGUCUGCUGGUAAAGCCCGUUUGUCAGAGCCUCAAGUUGCCUUCACCACAGGAUUUCGAAACGAAGAUCUGUUGCCUAAGGACAAGAAAUUGUCUUCUGUAUGGAAUUGGAAGAAGCCAUUGAAAGCUUUGACCCAUAUUGGUGAUCAAAAGUUUAAAUGUUGCUUUAAUCUUCAUGUCCACUCAAUUGAGGGUCUGCCUUUGAAUUUUGAUGGUGUUAGGUUGAGUGUGCAUUGGAAAAGGAAAAGCAACAUUUUGCAAACACACCCAUCAAGGGUUUUCCAGGGUGUUGCCGAGUUCAAUGAAACUUUGAGUCACGGAUGUUCUGUUUAUGUUAGCCGCGCUGUGUCUGGUCACUCUGUCAAGUAUGAGUCCAAGAUAUUCUUGAUUUAUGCCUCUAUCGUAGGGGCACCUGAACAUGAGAUAGGGAACCAUCAGGUUGAUCUCACAAGGCUUUUACCUCUGACUUUAGCAGAGUUAGGGGGUAAUAGAAGUUCAGGGAAAUGGACCACAAGUUUUAGGUUGGCAGGAAAAGCUGUAGGAGCUAGCCUAAAUGUUAGUUUCAGCUAUCAAGUAAUGAAGGGUGAGUUAAUGGAAUUUGGUGGCAAUAAUUUAAAUGUUCUCAACCUUGUUAAUUUGAAGCCAGGCAGGCCAAGCAGUACAAGCAGUGUUAUGGAUUUUAGUCCUAACCCUUUUCAUUCUGAUGAUGUGAAUUUAUCCCAUGAAGCAUUGAUGAGUUCUGGCCCAAGUCUUUCCAAAUCAAUCAGUUUCCUAUAUCAAAAACUUGAUGAGGGGAACUUCAAUAAUUUAGCACAGGAAGACUUGGAACAGUUGGGACCACUUAAAUCCCAUGUUGUGGAAUCAGAGUCACCUCAAGAAUCAAAUCAACAUGAACCUGAUGACACUGAAUUUUCCUUUAUCCCACAAGUAGAAACAUUGGGAGGGGAUUCCUUAAAACUUGAUCAGACAGGAAAUGAAACAGUUGAUUUUUCAACAGUUGAAAUCAUUAAUGUGGAUGAUAUUAUAAAAGAUGAUGAUGUAUUUGUUGACAAGAAUUCAGGAUGUGAUUCAAUGGAUAACAUAUGUACUAGUUGUGUAGAUGGGACUACCGCAGAUGACAGCAAACUCAAAUGCAGUAGUUCAUGCGUCAGUAUAACUUGCAUCAAGGCUGCAGAUAUACUUCCUGAGACAUCUAAGUUUCUUGACCAAGAAAAGUGCCUUAAUGUUAAAUCAAAUUAUAAAGCGCAUAGAACGGAAAAAAAAUCAAGUAGCUUGGAUUUUAUCACUGAAUCUAUAGCAAAUGAUUUCUUAAACAUGCUGGCCAUGGAGAGCGGUUCAUUUCGCUCAAGUUGUGAUGGUGACCCCCAGUCUCCCAGAGAGAAGCUUUUAAGACAGUUUGAAAAAGAGGGUAACCUCACCUUUGAAUUUGAUGCAAAUGAAGAGGAAUUAAGGACAGGUACACUUGGACAUAGCUGUUGGGAUUUUACUGUCAAUUCUGAUUUGUCUUUAUUUAUCCAAGCUGCUGAAGAGGAGCAUGCGAGGGAGAAUCAGUCAUUAAUGCAGAGAAGAAAGGCCAAAAUUCUUGAAGACAUGGAGACUGACUCAUUGAUGCGACUGUGGGGUUUAAAUGAGAGGGACUUCGAAAAUUCUCUGGAAACUUAUUCUGGUGGAUUUGGAAGUCCAAUUGAGCUACCCAAUGAAGAAUCAUCCAUAUUACCCUCAAUUGGACAGGGGCUUGGUUCAUUUGUUCAAAUUGUGGGUGGAGGCUUUUUGAGGUCCAUGAGUCCAUCCCUGUUCAGGAAUGCUAAGAAUUGUGGGAACCUCAUCACUCAGGCUUCUAAUCCAGUUGUUCUACCUGCAAAAAUGGGUAAUGAUAUAUUGGAGAUACUGCUGCAUGUGGCAUCUGAUGGAGUUGAAGAGCUGUGUGAACAUGUCUAUAAAUUAAUGCCUUUGCAAGAUAUCACUGGAAAAUCCAUUGAACGUAUUGUGUUGGAAGCCACAGCUGACAAAGGGGCUCCUGGAAGGCAGGGGUCCAGGCAUCAUGAUUUGUAUGAAGAAUUUCCAUGUGAUUAUUUAACAGAUGAAGGGAUGAGCUUGGAUAGUGUGUCUCUUGAAACUAUAGCUACUAUGACAGUUGAUAAGAUCGAAGCCCUUUUAAUAGAAGGAUUGAGAAUACAGUCUGGCAUCUUGUAUGAGGAGGCACCAUCAUAUAUCCGUCCCCAACAUGCAAAGACCCCUGCAGUAGGAAGCAGAAGAGCCAACUGGAGGGGGUUUCCCACAUCAGAAAGAGUUGCUAAAUUGCACCUAGAAGAUGGUGGAGAAAUUGGCAAUGAUGAUGAUGGAUUAAUGGGGCUGUCAAUAACAUUAGAUCAGUGGUUGAGAUUGGAUUCUGGCAUUAUUGAAGGAGAUCAGAAUUCAGAACAAGUUUUGAAGAUCCUUAAAGCACACCAUUCUAAAAUCAGAGAGUUUGAUGAUGGAGGGUUGAAAAAUGCCAUGGAGCAGGUAAAAACAUACAGCAGAAAGCACGGACUCUUGGGAGACCACCUAACGGUGGCUUUUAUGAUCCAGCUUAGAGAUCCUCUACGAAAUUAUGAGCCAGUUGGUGUUCCAAUGCUGGUUUUGACUCAGGUGGAAAGAGUUUGCUUGCAUAUAAUGAUGCCGCAAGACAGCAGCAAUUUUCUUAAUAAAAAGGAAAGUGGAAUGGAGAAUGAGGCCCUGCUAAAUGAGACAAGUAGCAAGAGUGUGGAAGAUAUGAGUACCGAUAACGAAGCUCUUCAAUAUAGAUUUAAACUCAAAGAGAUUCAUCUUUCAAGUGUCCUUACCAAAGCUGGAAGAAGGCAACAUUGGGGUACUGCAGCACAGCAACAGUCUGGGAUCCGUUGGUUGGUUGCCAGUGGCAUGACUAGUACUGUCAAACAUUCAUCUUCAACAUCAAAGGCAAUUGUAUUAUCAUCCCCAUUGUUUACCAAUAAGUUGCUGAAUGAGGAUAUCCUGUGGAGUAUUUCUUAUAUUUGUAGUGUCAUGGGGACUCAUAGUAAAGAGCAGCCAGCUGAAAAUGUACACAUUCGGAACCCUGAUAUCAUCUUCCCAAGUUAAACUUUCAGAUCAUUUUUUUUUACACGCAAUUUUAGCCAAAUUUUGAAAUUUCUCCAUGUAGAUAGUUAUUAUAGUAUAUAGUUAUACAAGUCAGCUUGCCCAUAUUUUUUGAAUAAAUGUCAGAAAGGACCCUUAUUUCUUUCAAUCA